AUGACUACUAUGUUGAAUUCAUCCGUCGGUCAGGAUGAUUCAGAUAUUACAAUAAUCAAUCCUUCUAUUACUUCCAUUAACCCUCAUAAUGGUUUAUUAGAUGUAGAUCAAAGAUCAGACAACAAUCAUAUCACAACAACAAACUAUGCAAAUCAAAAUCGAGAAUAUGUUUUUAUUGAUAAUAAUGAUUCGUACGAUUCAUUAUGGAAUACACUAUGUCAUUAUCGAAGUGAUUUAAAAAAUCAAAAUAUUAAUAAUUAUGAGUGUGAUCGUUCUUUAAUUAUUCGUUUAAUUGAUAUAUUACGUUCAAUCGUAUCAUCACCCAGUAGUUCGUUGUCUAAUGAUACAACAACAAAAACAAAUGAAAUUCAAUUAUUAAGUGAUGAUAUUAAUCAGUUAAUUGAUCAAAGACAAAAAGAGAAUAAUGAAAAUACACAACAAUCACAUAUUGAAAUAUGUCAGCUAAAAAGAGCAUUGAUGAAUUUGAAUAAUGUACCAUCAAGUCAACUGUCAUCUUUUGCACCAAGUAUAUUGAAAGAUACACAAGAAGCUCGUUUACAUGAUGAAGAAAUAACUGCUAUGAUUAAUGAAUCAGAACGAUUACACAAUUUAGUACAAAAACAACGUGAUCAAAUCAAUGAACUAAUUUUUCUUAUAACAAACAACGGAAUCGUAUCUAAUUCACUUCUUGCAUCUGUCGUCGCCACCACGAGAGAUAUUAAUAAAGAGACAAUUGGUGAUAAUUCUAAAGUUGAUGAAGCAUCAUCAUUAGUAUCAUCUAUAAUACAACCAAAUUAUAGUCCUAAUAAUAAAAGAGAAACAACAUUUAUAAAUUAUCCUCAUUCACCUGGUACAAGUCCAACUCAUUCGCUUACAUCACUCUUAACUGAAUCAAUGAAUUCAAAAGUAUCAAUACAAACAACGGUUGAAAAUGAAUUAGUGAAAACUGAAUCUCUAUUAACAGACGAUAAUACACAAUCAGUAUUUGAACCAGUAUCAUCAAAUGAACAAGAGAGAAUAUCCAUUGAGAAUAGACAUGAUCAACAACACCAAACAGUAGUUGAACCAAAACAAGAAAAUGAGAAAAAAUGUCCGAUAUGCAAUAUCGCUUUUCCGUUAGAAACAAAUGAUGAACAAAUGUAUGAACAUGUCGAAACUUGUUUAUCAUUAAAAACAGAAAAUAAAACAUUUGUAUGUCCACAGUGUACUAAAAAAUUUCCAUCCAUGGACGAAAUCGCUUAUAUGCAACAUCUUGUAGAUUGUAUGAAUCGAAAUAUAAUGGAUCCAGAACAAUUAUUUCAAAAUUAA